UGAAAUGCAAAAUGAGCCAAAGCGCGGGAGAAUUGGAGAACACUUCCCGCCAACACAACCCCUAAACAACUUCAAACCCUUCUGCAAUAUCCAUUUCCCAGCUCUCCUACUUUCUUAUCAAUCUCUCUUCUUCUUCGCAAUCACUGAUUUAUUUUGAUCAUCUGCUUACUCGUAAUCUUACAUUUUGGAUCCCCAAUUUUCCCAAUCAAGCUUUUAAUAGUGAUUUCUACCCCUUUUUUUUUGGUAAAACCCUAAUUUGCAGGUCUCCAAAAUUACUCAGCAAUGAAUACAGAAGGUUUGUCAGUAAUUUGUGGUGGGCUUGGGUCAAUUGAGGAGGAUGAGGGAAGUGUUUAUUACUCCAGAGAUGAUUACUGUUUAGAUAAUCUGAAGGAUUUGUUGAGGUUUUUGCGUCGAGAUGAUCCGACAACUCGGGAUGUGUUUAAACAAGUGUGUAAAUGGGACAUUGUGUCAAAGAAUUUGAUACCCAUUAUUGAGCAUUGUCAAGAUGAUCGCAAUUUGGUCUUAAAUGCAGUGAAAGUAUUGGUGUUUCUUACUAUGCCUUUGGAGGCUACUUCAAAGGAUUUCAAUGAGCAGCUUGAAUACCUUUGGGGUAUUAAGUUUGCUAUCACUAUCAGUGAUAUGGUUGCCGUGAUCCUCUCGUUGUUGGAGAAGCCACUUGAAAAUUUAGAAUGUAACGCAUUCUCAGAGGAUGAUUGGAAGCUGGUCCAACUGGUUUUGACACUAUUCCGGAAUAUUCUAGCUGUGCAAGACAUCUCUGCGCAUCAAAAGGCAUCGGGUUCUGCAAGUUUAUAUUUAUCCUUGCGAGAUGAUUUCUUAGACCUAUUGUUCAGAGAAAAUGUUAUGGAUUUGAUUAUCAUUAUAACUCAGCAUGUUGGUAGUUCUUGUCGGUAUCUUCGGCAUGACAACUUGCUCUUGUUAGAAAUAUAUCAUCACAUAUUUACAGGUCAAGAUGCAGAGUUAAUUGCUAAAAUCUGCCUGGAGGAAUCAAAGGUUGAUGGAGAAGCCAAACCUUGUCUUGAAAGUCUUAAAUGUAUCAUGCAAGAGGAAACCGAAAAGAGAAAACAUUCCAGACUGCAUGCUAGUCGGCACUCAAAGUUCAGUGGAGCCUUUACACGACUUACCUUGGAUGGUUCUAAAACAAUGUGCAUGGGAGUGCCUAGUUCUGCAUCUUGUGAUACUAAACUGCUGAAAUCAGAGAAAGUCCACCGUGGUCCACAAAAAAAAAUUGUGAAAGAUUACACUCGACUUCCCACCACGAAACGAAGCAUUUUGGAGAGGCUUCAUGACUUUCUAAACCAAUUUCUAAUUGGGGGAUACAAUGUGCUGAUGCAAUCCAUUGCCCAUGAUAUUGAGAAGGAGCACCAUGCGAUACAAACCAGUGAUUUGCAAAUGUUCUUUCACCUUGCUCAGUUUGUUACAUUUUUUCAGUAUCAUAAAUCCCAGCUGACAAAGCCAAAUACAGAUGUCAGCAAUGAUUCUUCUCUCAAUGAUGAUGAUGAUGAUGAUGAUAGCACAUGGUUUAAAGGUGACAUAUGUGGGCCUAUUGCAGCAACCAUGAACGAUUCAAUGUUUAUAUUGGUAAUAGCAAAGUGGCAAUUAGCUUUUGAAGGCUUGAAGGAAACAAAGAACAAUCCAUUUUUGUCAAUAUCUGGAUCUCUCAUGAAAACUAUGAUCCGGAUGUUGGAUUUGGUGCUCAAGAUGAUGCCUGAAAAAUCCAGAGAACCACAAACUGCUCGUAUCAUACUUUACAAGCUAUUCUAUGAUCAAACUGAUCAAGGGUUGACCAAAUUCCUUUUGAACAUGUUCCGAUCAUUUAAUGCUCAUAAACAGCCUAAAAGUGAUCUUGCUGAUCUGGUGGAGAUAAUUCAUGUAGUUAUAAGGCUAAUGGAGAAGCUGCAAGCACAUGGCACAUUAAGGGUCGCCAAAAAAUCUAGGAAGGUAAGAAGGAAAAAGGAUCAGAAAAAUACAGAAAGCAAAGUUGUUGGAGAUGAUGCCACAAUUCUGAAUGGAAUCCAGCCCUCCAAUAACAAAGAACUUUUCACUGACACUGGAAAUGGUAUUAAUGAAAGGUUGAAUGAGACAAACUGUGACGAAAAAGAAAAUGAUAAUAUUAACGGUUGCAGUCAAGUUGAUGAGACUAAAAUAUCUAGGGAUGAGGGACAAAACUCUGAUGGCAGUCUCCCUGUGGGUGAUCACACAGAAUCUGAUCAAAUUCAUGACCCAGUAGGUGAUGGAGAAUCAAAUCCAAUAAAUGAGCCGCUGGGUAAUCAUGAUGAAUCUAAUCAAAUCUAUGACAACUUUGUUGCCAUGGGAGCAGAUGAUUGUGAUUCUUCUGCAGAUGAGCAAAUUACUGCAACAGAUGAAGUUGAUUUUAAGAUGACUUCCUUGCUAUUCUCAUUGGCAAACAGUUCCAUCAUUAGUAACCUCUGUUGUUUAUUGAAGGAUUACAAGAGUAAUUCUACUGCAACAAACCACUACAUUUUAUGCUUGCUCAGGAGGAUUUCAGAUGAUUUGGAUCUUGCUCCUAUGCUGUAUCAGCUGUCCUUCCUCGUCAUAUUCUAUGAUAUCCUAAAUGAACAGAAGGAAAACCCACGUAAAGAGUAUGAGAACAUUGCGCAGUUUCUGACUAGUCUUAUUAGGAGAAUGCUGAGGAAAAUGAAGGAUCAACCCCUUCUCUUUGUGGAUGUGUUAUUUUGGAAGACACGGAAAGAUUGCCAUUAUAUCAAUGUUGAAUCUAUCCAACGUGAAAUUGGUGAAAUGAAGAAGGAAGUUAAGAAUUGGGGUCAUGGUGAUGAUACUGGUCCAUCACAACGCAAGAAAUACUCUCAUAAAAGCUUAGCAGAUGCACUUGGAGAUGAUGAAUAUGAUGUUAGCAUCCCCAAUCAUCCUCAUUUUGAGAAGGAUGAAGAUUCUGAUGAAGCUGCAGGAGAGGUCUUUCACAGCUAUGGUCUUGAGGAUAAUACAAUAAUAGAGGAUUCAUUAAAGAGUGAUUUUCAAGGGGACGUAAAUAGGAAGAGAAGACUGGUUCUCAGUGAUAAGCUGGAGGGAGAGAUAAGGGGUCUUUACGAAAAGUACAAGGACAAUUUAAACUGUACUCAGCUCAUCGCAGAAGCUCUUGAUCCUAAUGGUAAUGUCUCUCCAGCUCAAGUGUCCCGCAAAUGUAAAAAACUAGGAUUACAACUUCCUUCGAAAAAGAGCAGCAUGGCUCAUCUUUUUAAUGAUAAUGAUCAAGACAAGGAAGGCAGACCAGAAAUAGACAGCACUCUUCAGGACUUGAAUCAUGCAGAUGGGCCCUCUUAUCUGGGGAGACCAAUGCAAGCUAGGAAGAGAGUUCGUGCCAUGGAUGAAAAGCAGGAGCUGAAAAUUAGAAGUCUAUUUGAACAUUUCAAAGAUCAUAAGAGGUGCAGCCACAUGAUUGCAAAAGAAAUCGACCCUGAUGGAGCAGUGACUGCUGCUCAAGUUUCUCGUAAACUCAAGAAACUUGGUUUACGCACUUCUCGAAUGAAAGGUGAAGUAAACAGACAAAAGAUGGAUGAAGCUUCUACAGAUGGAGAAGAUGAUAUAGACGAUCUAACUCUGUCUGCUGUUAGGAAAAGGAGUAAGAACAAGGUGGAUGCUUCAUCUGACAAGGAGUUGGGCAGUUUGAAAUAUAAUGUUCAAUCACCAGGGUCCACUUCAGAUGAUGAACAAGUACUCGGUUCUAUUUUAAAGAAAAGGAAAAUGAAAAGGGUUCAGGCAGAGCCAGAGGACAAGUUUGCCAGUGCUUCAACUAACCAGGAGGAUAUGGCUGGAGAAGAUUCCAGCAAUCAAGUUGCUCAAAGUUUGGAAGAAAGGGAUGAAAUUGGGGAAGAUAUGGAUGUAAAUGUUGGCGUUAACAUCCCUCAUAGCAGUUCAGCGCAUCAAGCUAUUAGGUCCAGUGAUUGGAGUGAGGGAGGUAAUCAGCAGAAGUACGACGAGCUAUCUGAAUCUGGGAUUGGUGCCUCAAAUCAUGGGUUUCCAGGCAGCGAUCCAGAAAAAGAAGCUGCUCCUGACACCAGUAAUGAUAAGAGAGGUCAUGCGCUGGAUGAAGAUGUUAAAACUAUCCAAAAUGUUCUUAAUUAUAGUGAAUUGGAAGAUUCAGGGGAUGAAUUGGCACCUAGUGCAUCACCUGAGAGUUCUGUAAAGAGAAGGCGGCUCAGGGUAGUGAUGGAUUUUGAUGAUGAUGAUGAUGAUGAUGAGUAGGAUUCAAUUAAAACUUGUAAUCAAUGUAAAUUAGCAUUUGAUUGAUGCAAAGUGAUGCAGUAAUAGCUGUUAAUAGUCUUUGACCCGAGCCAAUCUCAUAAUAUUGUUUAUAUAAAUCUAUUACUCUUAUUUUUUAUUUUUUUUUUCUGUUUCUGGAUUUGUUUUGCACAUUUAAAAGUUGAACUUCAUUCAAAUACAAAUUUGAACAAAGUUACUUUUUUAAAAAAGGCGUUGCAAAAUGUAUAAGAAUUCAAUUUUGGAGUGAAAUAGUUAAAUCUUUUCCGACUCUUUUUAUUCUUUAUUACAUGUUGACUUUAACGGUGAACUUUUUAAAAAUUUGACUUCACUAUUAUAGACAUCAAAAUUAUAUCAUGUGAGUUUUUGUUAGAUUCAACUUAAAAUAUGUUUUCUAAAGUAUUUUUAUUCAUCAUAUGAAAGAUAAACGUGGUUAAAAAUGUGCAUUGGAGACUGUGUAAUUCAAAGCAUAAAGGAUGGAGAGAGUAGAAUAUUUUUUCAUCAUAAUUGAAACUAUAAAAUCAAAUAAUCAUCAUAAGUGUAUUCCACUUAUUCACUUAAUAUAUACCUGUGUAUACUUUUUUUUGGUAAAUUAGUAACAAAAUACAUACCUUUAAUAAUCGUUGCUAAGGGACUGAGGCCAUAGUGGCUUAUUCUUUAACAAUUGAACCUUGUGUUUUU